GAAGGAGGAGGUUGCACCUCUGGAGGCAGUAGCGGAGUGAAUGACUAGGGCGAUGGACGGGAUGGCAAAUGAACUGAUUUGUCAUGGCGGGUGGCAAGCUGUUUGAGGUUAAUUAUUCACCCACCCAGGCAUAUUCUGACUGCUGCAUCCGCGGGGGGACGAGCUCUUGCAGCGGCGAGUUGAUGCCGGGCUGUCCCUGAUGGGCUGGAAUCAGGGAGGUGGACUGAGACAAGCUUCUCGGAGGCGGGGCACGCCCAUCGCGGCAGGAGCAGCGGAGCCGCCGGGAUCGGUGUAGAGCCGGACCGAGCUCGGGCCGGUACAUGGCGAGUCUGGAGCGAGAGCGCGAUCCGGGGCUACCCCCAGGCCUCGGCCUAGCGGACGGGGACGCUCGGGAUCCGGAGCGGACCUUCGGGAUCCUACGGCUUCAGGAGGAGCGGGGCCCGGCAGCAGAGGUCGGCUGGCAGGCCCCGGGCCCCGAGCUGGUCCGCAGAAGGUUAGAGACCUGCACGGUACCGGCUUCGGACGGUGACCUGCAACCUGCAGGUAGUGGCAGCGUGCCAAGGGACCCGAUGACCAUUGAACGAGCAAACCUCCUGAACAUGGCGAAUCUGAGUAUCAAAGGACUGAUUGAAUCGGCCUUGAGUUUCGGUCGGACUCUGGACUCGGAUUACGCCCCACUACAGCAGUUCUUCAUUGUGAUGGAGCACUGCCUCAAACAUGGAUUGAAAGUGAAGAAGUCUUUCCUUGGUCAGAACAAGUCACUGUGGGGUCCCUUAGAACUCGUGGAGAAGCUAUGUCCUGAAGCUGUGGAGAUUGCAUCAAGUGUCCGGGACCUGCCUGGGUUAAAGACUCCUCUCGGACGAGCUCGUGCCUGGUUAAGGCUGGCCAUGAUGCAGAAGAAGCUGGCGGACUAUCUGCGGUGCAUGGUUUUCAGAAAAGAUGUGUUCAGUGAUUUUUAUGAGGAACACGCAGUGAUGAUGCAAGAGGAAGGCACGGUGAUUGUUGGACUUUUGGUUGGACUCAAUGUGAUCGAUGCUAAUCUCUGUGUCAAGGGAGAAGACUUAGAUUCCAUGGUUGGAGUCAUUGACUUCUCCUUGUACCUGAAAGGUGAUAAUGAGAACAGUCGGUGCUUUGAAAGUGAUGGACAGAUUGCUGCAAUCCUAGAUCAGAAGAACUACGUGGAAGAGCUCAAUCGGCAGCUGACUUCCACAGUUGGUAGCCUGCAGGGCAGAGUUGCAUCACUCGAGGUGGCAAAUUCUAAACUAAUUGAAGAGUUAGCAAUUGCCAAGAACAGUAUCAUUCGACUACAAGAAGAGAAUCUCCAGUUUCGCAAUGAAAAUGUUCAGAUGUUGAUAACAACACAAAAACAUCUGGAGCUGGAGAAAGAGAAUCUGUCUGAGGAACAGGAGACCUGCAAGGGUUGUCAUCGGAGCCUGGAUGAUGUGUAUAAUGAGGCUCACAGACAGCUGAGAGCAGAAUCACGCCUGCGUCAGGAUGUGGAGAGUGACCUGUCGGUGCAGAUCAGUAUGAAGAAGGAGAUAGAGAUAGCGAUGAAGCUGUUGGAGAAAGACAUUCAUGAGAAGCAGGACGCCCUGAUCAGCCUCCGGCACCAGCUCGACGAAGUGAAGGCCAUUAAUGUGGAGAUGUUUAAGAAACUCAAGGGUUCUGAAGAUGGUUUGAAGCAGAAAAGUGAACUGAUGAGUCAGCUGGAAGAGAAGACUAACCAAGUCACUGCCGCAAUGAAGCGGAUGGAGCAAAGAUUGCAACAAGCGGAACGAGAUCAGGAGACGGCAGAGAAAGGAAGUUACGAGUGCCGGCAUGAACUGGGCAGCAAGGUGGAGACACUGCAGCGAGAAAGUGACCAGAAGGAGCAACAACUGAUCCAACUGGAAACUGAUUUGAAGAUUGAGAAGGAGUGGAGAAGAGCGUUACAGAAUGACCUGAAACGAGAGAGGAACACUAUCUCAGAACUGAGAGCGCAAACCCAGCAACUCAGCGCCCUGAAGAAGGAAUUCCUUGGAUUACAAGAAGAGAAUGGACAGCUUCAGAGGAUUUGCAGUGACCAGGAGCAGGCACUGCAGGAGCUGGGCUACAAACUCAGCGAGUCGAAGCUCAAAAUCGAGACCAUUAAAGAAGCUAACAAGGCCUUGCAGGGUUUGGUGUGGCUGAAAGACAGAGAUGCUGCCUGCUGUAAACUGUGUGGAAAGGAGUUCUCUAUCAGUACAAGGAAGCAUCACUGCAGAAACUGUGGGGAAAUCUUCUGCAACGCCUGCUCUGAUAAUGAGCUUCCUCUUCCUUCCUCUCCAAGACCUGUGCGUGUAUGUGACACCUGCCAUGCACUUCUGCUGCAGCAGUGUUCAUCCAAUACCUGAACUCUUAUGGUGCAAUUCUCACACUUUGGGCCUAGUACCAGGAGGCAGAAUUGGUCUUUAUAAAGUCUAUGCCAGCCUCCAUCAAAUAUGAAGAGCAGCUGGAAUGGGAUGGAAAAAUGGUAUUUUCAUCAUGAUCUGCCAAAUGAAGCAUUGUUCAGAUGCCAACUCAAAAAUGCUUAACACUUUCACCUUGUUAAUUUGUAAUCACAUUAUCAAUGUAUUUAAUCACUCACUAAUACAAUAUAUUUUUAAAGAUGAAAUUUUGCUGCUUUUCAGUUUAUUCAUGGAGGACCAGGUAUGAUUUUUUUUGUUCAUUGUAAACAUCUGAUGAUUAUGUGAAGACUAGUGUUCAUUAGCAUUAAAAUCAGUCUUUUGGAGAACUUAAA